GACUUGUUACUCAUAUUAAAAUGUAUUUGGUUACGUGGUGUAUGUAUGGUAAUAUAUGAAUUGUUGCUUCUCUCGAUUUCCUCUUCGACCAACUCAUUGCCGGUGUCGCCCCGCCCCCUGUCUGGCUAAUAAUGGCGCCGUCCUGUGGCGUAUUUUGAGGACAAGGACACGAUCCGUUGAAAAAUAACUGUCAGAAGUGUUAUCACACGUGAGUAUUAAACAUGGCGAGGUUUCUGAGGCCUAACAUCAGGAGUUUUGUCACCUCACAGCUGAGAAUGUCGUCCGACCAGCUGGGUGAGCUGGGUAAAGGUGCAGGAAAAGGUGGUGGCGGUGGAGGCUCCAUCAGAGAGGCAGGUGGAGCCAUGGGGAAGAAGCAGGCGGCUGAGGAGGAGAUGUACUUUAAGCGUAAAGAGCAGGAGCAGCUGGCUGCAUUGAAGCAGCAUCACCAGGAGGAAAUCGACCACCACAAGAAGGAGAUUGAACGUAUGCAACGCGAGAUCGACCGCCACAAGGGAAAGAUCAGGAAGUUGAAGCACGACGACUGAGUGAAACCCUCUGGGGGGGGAAGAAAAGUUAACAGUGUGCUCACCUACAGCCAGACACCUUUACUUACUCCGAUUGCUGCAUGCACUGUGUCACCAGGACGGUCAUGAAUUGAUGGGUAAUUGUUCUGUAAAUGCUUGAGAGUUCAAUUCAAUUAAAACCGUUCAUAGACUGAUUAUUGUUUCCAUGGCACACUGUGAAUCAAGUUGUACAACUUCUUCAAGCCUUUUCCCUCUUUGGUAGUCGGUGGAACAGUAUGAUGUAUGUUGCAUGCAAAACACCAAAGUGAAGAAAACUAAAUAUUUUAAUGCUCCACAUGGCAACAACUUAUUUCCUUGUGUGAUGUAUAAAUAAAUUUGUAAAUGUAAA